UUUUUGGUAAGGUUAAAAAUUCAAUUGAAAUCUUACAAUUUUUUUGAGGGAAUUUAUAGCGGGAGACAUAAUUCUUUGCAUUAUUUUUACCAUCGGGGAUCCAAAUCCUCGUUUCCCUUAUCAUUUUGCUGCAUCACCUCCCCAAGAACGUCGAAUUUGCAUCCAAAAAUGGGUUUGCCAAGAUUUAUUCGGCCUAACGGAGUGGAUGAGCAGCUAAGCCCUAAUCUUUAUGUAGCCAAUUGCGGACCAUCCGUUGGACUUUCAUAUGAGAUAAUUAAAUCAGUUUUUAGCAAAUUUGGACAAGUGAAAGGAGUGUAUGCUGCUGAUGAGAGUGGUGCUCGUGUUAUUGUUUCUUAUGUUGAUGUGGGUUCUGCCCAAGCUGCCUUGAAAGCUUUAGAUGGACAUUCUUGCCCUGAUCUGGGAGGACGCUCUUUGCACAUUCGUUUUUCUGUUCUUCAACCAACUUCUGAGGGUCAGGUGAAUGAUUCCAUCCCAGUGUCGCUGGUGGCUUCAGAACUAAGCAUCCCUGGCCUUUACUUGUGGCAUGACUUUAUUAAUGCUAAAGAAGAACAGGAAUUGCUUACAGCUGUUGAUGAUAGGCCUUGGAACAACCUUUCCAAAAGAAGGGUUCAGCAUUAUGGAUAUGAAUUUUGUUAUGAGACAAGGAAUGUCAAUACGAAAGAACAGUUGGGUGAGCUUCCAUCAUUUGUUUCUUCCAUUCUUGAAAGGAUUUCAUCGUUGCCAGACCUAGGAGAUUCUGCAAGUUUAGUCUUGGACCAACUUACUGUUAAUGAGUACCCUCGAGGGGUGGGCCUGUCCCCACACAUUGACACCCAUUCAGCAUUUGAGGGUUUAAUUUUUAGCCUUUCAUUAGCAGGGCCUUGCAUAAUGGAGUUCCGGAGAUAUUUAGAUGGUUCAUGGCUUCCUAAAACUGCAUCAAGUAAUGAUAUGAAAGUUAAAAAUCUUGAAAAUGGCUCAAAUUUAAUAAGGAGGGCUAUCCACCUUCCUCCUCGUUCUAUGCUUCUAUUAUCUGGGGAAGCACGUUAUGCUUGGCAUCAUUACAUCCCACACCAUAAGAUUGACAUGGUAAAUGACAAUGUGAUUAGAAGGGGCUCAAGAAGAGUAUCUUUUACAUUUCGUAAGGUACGAAAGGGUCCUUGCCAAUGUGAAUUUCCCCAGUAUUGUGAUUCUCAAAGAUAAUAGAAAAUUCUUACGGUGCUGUCUGAGGAUUCAUUUGAAAGCCCUGCAUUCUGAUUAUGACAAUGACUAGGGUGACUGUCUGUAAGAGAACACAAUCAUGAGAUGGACAGUCUCAUGGUCUGCAAAUAGAUGAGGUGAUUCUUCUUGGAAGGAACGGUUAGUUCGAGAACAGAGAUGAACGGCUUCCAGGAUCACAAAUCGAUUGGGUAUUUUUUUUUUUUUUUAUUUGAAGUAAAAGAGGACAAAGGUGAUCCAUCUUGCUAACAGAGCGGGUCCCAUUUUGAGAUUGAGGUUGGGAAGCCUGAAAAAGCACUUUUUAAAAAAAUAUCAUUUUAAUUAACAUAUUUAAAGAGAUUUUUUUAGGAACAAUGUCAAACAGGCUAAUUGCCAGAAGUGUGAUGUGAAGAUGGGUGAGGAUGAUGUUGUUGAGCAAUUUUUGAAGUUGUAUCUGCAAAUAACAUGGCUGAGUUUGCAGCAGUUUAUCAUUUCACAUUGAACCAUUUUAUGGCCAAAUUUUACCAUAGUUGUAACCUAUGUAUAAAUGACAUUAAUUGCUAACAAAAA